AUGUUGCCUAAAUUCCUGCAAAGCAGUUACACUCGCUACAAGAAUGACACCAACAGCUUCGCAACCUGGCUACUUGAGGCAGCUAACAAAUGCGGCUAUCAACCCGAAGACCUUACCUUGACCACGCCUCCAACGACAAAUGGCAAAGGUAAGAACGAAAGCAAAGCGGUCAAUGCCUCAGUUCCGGCCCAGUACACAACAACGACCAAAGGUCUCCAAGUGCUCGCUGAAGUUGUUGCCCAAUCUUCCCUCCCUGUGCCUGAGCCUAUCCUCGUCAUUGCUAGACGAGCGAUCAAGUUGAGGAAGCAUGUUACCUCGUGGUUUUUGGGGCAGGGCGACACUGCAAACAACAGACGACACGCCCACUUCAUCUCUGCGAUGGAGAGGGUUUGCCAGACUCUGGAACGGAAAAUAAACGAAUCUUCCAACGAAUGUCGCAAGAACUCUCCCCCAACCUCGUCCACAGAUGAUCGUGAUCCGGACCUUGACGUCUUCUUGAACAAGUUUGCCGUACUCACCGUUGAGGAGCCUCAAGAAUCUCAGCAGGAACGGACAGUCUCCCCUGAAUCGCAAAAGAUCGUCAAGGUAGAGUUGGUUGAGGAGGGCGAGGAUGAGGAAACAGAAUCAUAUCUCGGCCAUAUGUUCUUCAAGGUGCUCUGCCUGUUCCAGGAUUUGCAUAAUAUGCGCGCAUUUAUUUCCCAUACGUGGUCGGAAUAUCGAGACAGAAAGAUCGACCUUAUGAACGCGGCUCUCGUGACCGAUAGUGCAUUGCAACUUGCCCGUGAUCUGGUGCAGGAGGUGGUGGACGACUGGGCUGCUUCGACCACUUCGCCCGAGGAAAACCUCCAGGAACUCGUCUAUAAAACUGCCUGUAUCACCCGGGGUAUCCACCCGACUCCAUCACCUGAAGUGGGCCUGCCCUAUAAUAAAGACAUGUCAGAUGUGGCCGAAUGGUGCUAUUUGCCAACAUGGGUCCUGCUGGAAUCGUUCACUCAUGCUUUGCAAGAUGGUCACCUGCCAGUCUUCAGGAAGGGACAUUUCGGCAUUUACGAUCCUAAGGCAAACAGAGAGGCAAUGUCUGCGGGUCAGAAGUUCAAUGAAGACAAAAUAAUUCUUCUCCAACUCUUGCCAGAGUUUUGCAUGCUUGGUACGUUUGGUAUUGACAUGCCUAGCUCGGAUCUGGUUACCAGGGGUCUUGUUGAGUUUUGCAAAACCAAGGCGCUCGAUCCAUGGCUUUGUUUCGCCUCCCAAAUCCUGAUUGACAUCCAUCAUGUUAUGCGUCACAGUACCGUGAGUGCAUUCGAGGAUCUCCGCAUAUCUGGACUGCGUAUUCAAAAGACCAUUGAUGAGUACUUCAAGAUUUCCAAGACUCACCCACCGCCUCCAUUCUGGCCAAAGGAGGGUGAUCAAGAGAUCAAGAAUAUCCAUCUUGCUGUGGAUGCAGUCAUCAUCAAUGACCCCUUCGCAGAGCUACGGUCUGCCAGUCGUACAUUUCCAGCCAAGGCUACGGUCGAGAAACAUCUACUCCUAUCUCAGCAUCCCGUUCUCUGUGGUUCGAUCUUGUUUAAUCUCAACAUUCGGAUGCAGUCUAUUGGUCAACAGCUCAUCACUCAGUGGUACGACGUUCAGCAGCUAGCAUUCCUAUACAAUCUUGUGAUAAUUCAAGCAGCCAAGAACUUGAGCUGGCCUGAUAUGGAGGCUUUCAUCAAGAUCCACGGCGAGUCUCAUAUAUUCAUUGGGUCUAGACCAAAGAAUGCCAGCGAGUCUUUGAACAGACUUGAACUGGCCACAGGCAUAUCUUCGGUUGCCAGAUUUGCCCGCAAUUCUCGUACCAAGGCGUAUGACUUUCACCGUCCUGAUGGCAAGAAUCCUCGACUGCUUUCGCCGACAACUACAAUUUCAGAAAUGCUCCGACCUCAGUAUGUGGUGGGCGCUGGCGAAGGUGGUGGAACAAGCUCCCAAACCGACCAGCAAGAGGCUUCAACAAUCAAGUCAACAGAUAACGUUUGA